AUGAAAGGUCCUGCUCCUGACCAGCUUGAUCCAGGUGAAACAGAUGGUGAAACAGUUUCUGGUGUAUUAUUACCAGACAGACCACUCAAUCUACAUCAGGCUGUUCAAGAGGUAGUUUCAGAUGUGCUUGGUGAAAACUGUAAUGUAUCAGUCAAUCGCAAAGGUACAGUUACUAUACCUUGGCCUUCCAGAGGAAAUGCUGCCUUGUCUGAAUUUACGACACAAUUCUUUUUCACUUUGGCUUUUCCUUGUUUAUUUCCAUAUGGAUCUGGUGACUUUCAUAUAAACAGACCGCGUACAUGUUCUUCACUUGCUGACUGGGCAGAACAUCUGUUAUGGUAUUUAGAUGGUAGAUUUGCUAGCCACCAAUACUUUAAAUUUGUGGUUCAUAACAUGAUUAUGCAUAAAAGUGCAAUAGAAAAGGGAAAUUUCAUUGUUCGUCAGCAACUUGGAGAUCAGCAUAUCACUGUCUCUAAUCUAAAAGAUAGUAUUAAAAAUGGUGACGAUACACUUAGUAAAAAAAUUGUUUACCUUAGUGCAACACUCCGUGGAACCAGUCAGUACUGGGCACAGCGUGCAAAAGAGUUACAGGCUCUUACUCAUUAUAAUAUUUCAAAGGGUCUUGGCUUGCCUUCUAUUUUUGCUACAGGUAGUUGUGCGGAGUUUCACUUUAAACCCCUUAAAAGGUUACUCAGUAUGUACGUCAAAAAAACUACAGGUGAAGAUAUUAACCUUGAUGACCGCUCAGUCUUAUUUAAAACUCUGCAGCAAAACACUCAUAUAGUAGCACAAUACUUUGAUUUUCGUACAACAUCUUACUUUAGUCAGGUAAUGGGUCCUGUGUUUGGUGUCGAUUCUUUCUGGUAUAGACAAGAAUUCACAAAGUCGCGUGGUAUGGUUCAUUGGCAUGGUCUCUGUUGGCGGUCAGAUCGAGAGCCACAUGUUUUGUUACACCAGGCAAUCAGUGAUGGUCUUUCUGAAAGCACUUGUGCAGAAAGACUUUCAGAGUGGGCUGCAAUACAAUUUGGUCUGACAGCCAAUCAUCCAGCAGGCAAAGAUCAUCUUGGUAAUCCAAGAACAGACUUGUGGCCACCACCGGAGGGAUCUGCCCCGGAACCACCAGAAGAAAAAAAUCCACUUGUUAAGCUCCUAAUGGACGUCAGUUCAACACAGGACUCAUUACUUGAAGACCAUCUGUUACUAACAAACCGUUUUAAUAUUCAUCGUUGUUCAGAUUAUUGUUUAAAAUCUAUGGCAAAUGGUAAAAAAACAUGUCGUAUGGAAUUUGGAACACCGGAUAGCCCUGGAAAAGUAAUAAGAAAUUCUCCAGCCUUAGUAAAAGACAAGAAUGGCUCUUUGCGUCUUGAAAUGGCAAGAGACCAUCCCUUGCUAGUCCAGCACUCUCAAUACCAUACGCAGGGCUGGAGAGCCAAUGGAGACAUAUCUUUGAUUCUUUCCAAAGGUUCCCCAGAUAAUCCAUCUGUAGAUGAUAUAACUGCCACAUUACGGUAUAUUACUGGUUAUGCCUGUAAAGGCAAUCAGCCUACUGGUGCAAUAUCUGAUCUUUUCAAUGAUUUAGUUAAUUGUGCAGAUGAAAGUAGUGGUGCCACUGCUAAAUCAAUGUGUAAUAAAGUACUAAUAAGUACAGUCAAACGUGACAUUUCUGCUGUGGAAGCCUCAUUUGAGUUAUCCAGACUACCGCUGUACAGGUCGAGUCACCAGUUUAAAACUGUGAGUUUAUCUGGAGUAAGACUACUGGAAAGAGAUGGUUCCGCAGUAACACGAAAUAACGCAAUUGACCAGUAUUUAAAACGUAAAUCUGAUGACUGCUCAUCUUUGUACAACUUUGUGUGCAAAGGGGGUAGAGUCCCAGUUUUCACAGCAUGUUGUACCCAGCCAGACUGGCCUUUACAAGAAGACUAUUGCCGUUCAAUGCUUAUUUUACACUGGCCCAACUGGCGGCAUUUAUCGGACAUCAAAAAUGAAAAUACAACAUGGUGUGAAAAAAUGACCCACUUUCUUGCCUCCAAUGAGUGUCCAAAUUUCGUUAAAGCUGACAUAGAACGGGUAAAACAAAAAAACAGUUUAGGUGAAAUUGAUGAGGAUCAGGAUGAUUAUAUUUUUUCAUCCCAGCAACCUGACUGGAUGGACAUAGUCAAACCAAAUGCUGACUUUGAAUGUCCAGAUUCUGACUUUGAAUUUGAUGAUGGUGGUGACAGUUACAACUGGAGUGCUGAAUCCCUACAAUAUCCUUCAGACAAGGGCAAAGCCUGGUUAAAGACUAUUGAAACAUCAUUACAUUCUAAUGAAGAUUCACUUAAAAUUCCAGAUGUUGAUUUAAUUAAAAUGAAUACAGAUCAGAAGUUUGCUUUUAACAUUAUUCUAACAAAGUUACUUGAAUUCUCCAAUGGCACAACUAAUUUUCAGCCACUGAGAAUGAUAGUUACUGGUACAGCUGGCUCUGGAAAGUCUUUUUUAAUCAAGUGCAUAGUAAAAGCCACUAGGCUAAUAUUCAAUGAUAACUCAUGUGUUCAAGUUGUUUGCCCAACAGGAAACAGUGCUCACAUAAUAGAUGGUGUCACACUACACAGUUUCUUUAAAGUCCCAACAUUUAAUAAGUCUAAAGAACUGUCACCACCUCAAGGUUCAGCUGGUGAAGAACUUCAGUCAAACUGUAACAGUUUACGCGCAUUACUUGUUGAUGAACGGUCAUUGAUUGGAGCAUCAACACUGGGAUGGAUGGAAUACAACUGUCGCUAUGGUGCAAACAAUGGUUCCAACUGUCAACAGUCUUGGGGAGGACUCCCAGUUGUAGUCUUUUUUGGAGAUGAUGUCCAACUCCCUCCAGUGUUAGAUUCUCCAGUUUAUGACUGUAACAGCAAACUGACAUCUGCACUACAUGGUGUUCUGGUAUGGCAAGAAUUUACAUCUGCUGUUUGUCUUAAAACCAUUGUUAGACAGAAUGAAGAUGAACAAGCACUGAGGGAUGUUUUAUCUUCAAUAAGAGAGUACAAAAUUUCAACACAUCAGGCAAAAUGGCUACAAAAUUUUCAGUGGAGAAAUCUAAGUCAUAAAUAUGGUAAUGAAAUUAUGCACAGAUUUUCAGAAAAUUCUUUGCAUGUAUUCCCAACACAUGCAGAAGUUUGGUCUCAUAAUAAACAAAAAAUUCUUGAAAUAAACGUAGAGUAUCCAAUCGCAAAAGUAACGGCCAUUAACAAAGGUCAACAUGCCAAAACAUCUGCCGGUGAUAAAGCAGGAGGUCUUUCCCCUGUAAUUUACCUGUGUAAAUGUGCAGCAGUUAUGCUGACAGUUAAUUUGUGUGUUAAAUAUGGACUGUUUAAUGGUGCAAUUGGUAUAGUUGUUGACAUUUUGUAUCCUGAAGAUAAAAAACCAUCAUCAGACACAUUACCAACUGCAGUAAUGGUUCAGUUCAAUAAUUACUCUGGCCCUGCAUUUAUUACUGGUCAUCCAAAAGUCAUUCCUAUUAUGCCAGUGGAAAGAAGAAUUGACUGUGUUUGCAGAACCUGCAAACGCAAACAGAUACCACUGCGACUUGGAUGGGCAACCACUAUUCACAAAUGCCAGGGCAUGACAGUUGGUGAUGGCGAAAAUCAUCGUCACAUUAUUAUUAAUCCUGGACCAAGGCAGUUUGAGUCUAGAAAUCCUGGAGCACUUUUUGUAGCUCUUUCAAGAGCAAAGUCUGCAGGAAAUGAAACAACUGUGCCAGACUUUGCGUGGCAUCCUUCAGUGCUU